AAACCAACCAUGUCUUACUCUCUGGCGGCCAUUUGAAUAACUUCAAAUAAUUAUCUCUUCCUUUUUAUUGCAGUUUUUUUCAUCGUGUAACAAACUCUUUUGUUUUCGCAUAUUCAAAAUCAAUUUUGUUCUUUUACUGCAAAAGUAAACCUCGUGGGAAAUCCUACAGACCUGACGCGACAAGCCGAUUUUAUUAAAAGGAGAGCUUAAAUCUGUGCCCUGUGCCUUUUUUAACCUACCUCACCUAAAAUCCCAAACCUAAAGCGUCAUUCCUCCUCUCUCACAAUACAACGAAAAACCCUCCACCAUCCAACAAUCUUCUACAUUUCUCUCAACUCUUUUUCUCCUAUUACGUUUUCUCUUGCUUACACAAAUACACAUAACCUCAUAAAAUGUCAGAGGUACAAUCCAGACCAGCGCCUCGUGGUGGCAGAAGUUCAGCUCGUGGUGGUCGUGGAGGUUUUACAUCAAGAGCUGGUGGUCGCGGCGGAGCAAGAGGUCAUGCAACCAGCGAGAACACAUCUACUACUGCAUCAAUUGAGCAAAAUAAUAGCGAAGUUGUUCAAUUAAAGAAGAAACAUGGCAGUAAAGUGAGCACUAUCCAAGAAUUGUUUCCAGGCUGGACAGACGAGGAUGUCGUUAUGGCCCUCGAAGAAACCGAUGGAGAUCUAGAAAGUACCGUAGAGCGCAUUUCGGAAGGCACCAUUUCACAAUGGGGAGAAGUUUCAAAUAAGAAAGACCGAUCUAAGUCCAAAGCUCACGAUUCAACUUCAUCUGCCCCUCUUAAUGAGUCAACCAACACUGGAAGAGUGUCCCGAGGUGGUCGAGGUGGAUUCGACGGUACUAGAGGACGCGGUCGCGGUAACGAUAGAGGCAGAGGUGGCAGAACUCGUGGAGCUCCAGUUGCGCAUACAAAUGGUACACGUAACGAAACUGCAGAAGUAUCUGUUCCUACAACUGAAUCCAACGCUUGGGAUACGGCUGCCACUACUGAAAACACCACUAAAGAUACCCCUGCCGAUGCGGAAUCUUCCAAACCUGCUGAGGCUGAUAACACUUGGGGUGCUACAGCAACCAACGCUGCUUCUACAACUGCUGCCGCCGCUACAACUGCCGCUUCAACUAUUAUUCCUGAUGGUGUCAAAAAGAGUUGGGCAAGUAUGUUUGCACCAGCACCUAAGCCGAAGAAGGCUCCAGAACCUGUGGAAAAGCCUGUAGAGCUCCCCAAGCCAGAGGAACCUGUGGAAGCUCCAGCCGUUUCAGAGCCAGAACCUCCUGUUCCCGAACCAGAAACCGUCGAAAUCCCAGAACCUAUUGCACCUGUCGAGUCACCUGCUGAGCCCGAAGUUAAUGUUAAUCUUACCCCAUCGAAGGACGAAUUGACGGAAACGAAUCUCGAACAAGUUCCAGAUGAGUCGGUUCCACCCCCAAGUGCGACAGCCGCAAGCACUGCUGCAAGCUCCUGGGACCCAAGAAAUGCUCCUGGAAAUGCUACUGGAAACUCUACACCUUAUUCAGCAUUGCCAUCUCAAACUACAGCUGCUUCCCGUGCUCCAACUAGUGGUUUCCAAGCUUCUGCAUUAAAGGCUACCGGAUCAUCAGGCCGUACACCAAGCUUUCAACGCCGCGUGCUCGACCAGGAAGAAGCUGUUCGCAUGCCAGGAAAUCGUGAGGUGGACAGAGCUGCUGUACAGUUCGGCGCAUUCAACCUUACAGGCGAAGAUGAUGUUGAUGGUGAUCGUGAAGAGCCAGAGACUAGAGCCCAGCCACCUCAGCAUUCCCCAGUAGCACCAAGAGCUACUUUGCCUCCCGCCCCUCAACAAGCUGCCCCAGUUUCUGAAACCUUGCCAACCCCAAAGCAAGCUCCAGGACUGCCUGCUGCUACUCAUCCCACAGCCGCCCCUGGCCUCCCUUCCCCACAAACUCAUCCUUCUUCUCAAAGUGCUCCUCAACAGGGAUCUCAAGCUGGCUCUCAAUUGGGUCAAUAUGGCCGAUAUGGACAACCAGGAUCUCAAGAGCAGUCUUCAUUGCCACAGAAGCCAUACGAUGCAUUCAGUCAACAAGCACCAAGCUCGCAAAGCCCAUUUGAAGGUUACCCAAGUCAAUCUCAAUCCCAGGCACAGCAACAAUCCGGUGCAUUCUCUUCUGCACCCAACGAUUACUCUUCUUACUACACCUCUGAUCCACAAAGACAAAACUAUAACAGUUACUAUCAGCAACAAUACAACUUGCAACAAGGUGGCCAAGGUCAACAAGAUGCUUCAUCAUCUCAAAGAUCUUAUGGUGGAUACAAUGGACCCCAAACUGAAACUUCUGGUCAACAAUCCCAAUCCCGCUAUGCAACUGCAGGAGCAGGAGAAGGUCAGAACAGUGGUCACACUACUCCUAACCCGGUAGCUCAAAGCCAACAACAAACUGGUGCUGCUGCUCAAACAACUCAACCUCAACCUAGCCAUUCACAACAACCCCAGGGAGCCUAUCCAUAUGGUCAUCCUUACUAUCAAACCCCAUACUACAAUGCUUAUAUGAGUCAGUUCCAACAAGCCGGAGGAUACGGUGGUUACGGUGGUUCUCCAUAUGGCGGUGGAAAGGGAGGCAUUCAUGGCCAACCAUACCAAGGUUACAUGUCCCCUGGUGCACCAUAUGACCACACUUCUACUCCUGCUGCUGGAGGAUUUGCUGGAUCUUCUCUCCAUGGUCGCGAUUCCGCAGUCGGAGGAGGUUUGGGCGAGUAUGGUCGAGCUGGAUCAUCUCAAUCGUCCCAGACCCCUCAAGCAUUAGGUGGAAGUGGUGGAUUUGGUGCCGGUUCCCAUGAUGCAUUUAGCCGUGGUGCUUAUCCUUCAGGACAACACUACAAUGCAACUCAAGGUAGCCAACCAGGAGCUAGUGAUGACUUGAAACCAUUUGGUGAAUCGAAGACAACCAAUGGUCCAAGCCCAUCUUUGUCCCAAGCUGGACGUCCUGGUUCUGCCACUAAUGCCACCCCUGGAUCAGUCUUGCCACCACCUCAAUCUCAACAAGGUGGAUAUGGCGGAUACCCAAGUCAUCUUCAAGGACAUGGACUCCAUGGUAGCCAAGCUGGUAGCCAAUAUGGUGGUCUUGGAGGUGUUGGAAGUCACCAGGCUGCUGGCCAAGGCCACCAGAGUAGUGGAUAUGGAGGCUACCAAGGUUAUGGGGGUUACCAGGGUUUCGGUAACAACCAACAACGUGGUGGAUGGGGUGGCAACUAUGGACAUUAAUUUAUUUGGCCAAAAAUAGCUUGCACAUCCUUUGGUACCUGUUGUUGAUCUUUCUUGCGGGGAAGCAUUCGAUCUUCAUACUAAAAAUUAACUGUGUUACUAUGACCAAAAAUUCAUUUUCCUGCUUUUACUAUUUUCUUUAUUUUCACUGUCUAACGACUUGAUGCACAAGCAACAAAUCUGGAUUGCACAUUCAACAAAUCUGGAUUUAUAUCAACAUUAUGGCUGGCUGGCUGGAUUUGUUUUCACUCUUCUAAAAGGCACACAAAUUCAUUGUUUUCAAAUAGUUAUCUUCACGACUCAAAUGAUGGUUGGGGGUGGGAUGGAAUGGAAUGGGUUGAUAAGGAUGCAUUGCAUGAUUGUAUGAGACUGGAGGGAUGCAUGAAUUGAUUUUGAGAGACAUGAGAGUGGAUACUGAAUCCAUCGGAGAGAGUAGUCA